UUCCAGAGCAGUGUUUUGGCAGACAUUCUCCAGAGUGACCGUUCCAAUUGUCAUCCAUUGGCUGAACAUCUGACAAAGAUUGAGGUUAUUUAUCGAUUGGGAUUUUCUGGGUGACAGCUCCACCUAAACAUGCAUCCUCCAGCCCUGGCAACAUGGAUCCUACUGCUGGCUGGUCUGCUUCCAGCCCAGGGAGGGAAGGUGUUGGUGUUCCCACUGGACGGGAGCCAUUGGGUGAACAUGAUGGUUCUCAUCGAAGAGCUCUACGCCAGAGGCCACAACAUCACAGUCAUUCGACCCUCGGUCAACUGGUACAUCAAGGCGGAAUCCCCUUUCUAUACAUCGGUCACCCUCCCGACCAACUUUGGAAUCGACCAAGAGGUCUUCGGUUCGUUUGUGAAGAGAACGCUGGAUUUACGGCGUCAAGGAGGAUCCGUUUGGUCUCGUGUAGCCUUGGAGAUCGAUCUCGUGAAACAGUUCUAUAACAUUAACAAAGAUCUGGUCGAGGUGAUUGGGCAAACGUUUGAGAACGAGGAGCUCAUGAAGGCGUUCAGAGAAGCGGAGUACGACGUGGUUCUGUCCGACCCGGCCGGUGGCGGAGGGGCACUGAUUGCACGUAAACUCGGCCUUCCUCAAGUCUUCAAUGUCAGGUGGACCAUCCAGGGCGAGGGACAUCAGUGCAUCGCCCCAUCGCCGUUGUCCUACGUCCCAAUCGCCGGGUCAGAGCUGACUGAUAAAAUGACGUUUUAUGAGAGAUUAAUAAACGUCUUUAUGUAUUUGUUUACAAGACUCCAAGUGGCGUACGUCACAGACUCGACCUAUAUGUCGUUUGUCCAUCGCUACUUUGGCCCGGACGUUCAUUACAUGGAGUUGUUCCAGGACGCGGACAUCUGGCUCAUGAGGAACGACUUCACCUUUGAGUUUCCUCGUCCCACCAUGCCCAACAUUGUGUACAUGGGCGGAUUCCAGUGCAAGCCCUCCAAGCCGCUCGCCCAGGAUCUCGCCGACUUCGUCCAGAGCUCUGGGGAACACGGGGUCGUCGUCAUGUCCUUGGGCACCUUGGUGGGACAUCUCCCCGACGACGCAGCGGAGGACAUCGCUGCCGCGUUCGCGCAGGUACCGCAGAAGGUCAUCUGGAGGCAUACGGGGAAGAGGCCCGCCGCUCUCGGCAACAACACCCUACUGGUGGACUGGCUGCCCCAGAACGACCUCUUAGGACACCCCAAGACCAAAGUGUUCGUGGCCCACGGGGGAACCAACGGAGUUCAGGAGGCCAUCUACCAUGGCGUUCCUAUCCUCGGCCUGCCUCUGAUGUUCGACCAGAGCGACAACCUCUCCCGAAUGAAAGCCAAAGGCGUCGCCAAGGUGGUGGACAUAGCCUACCUGAACCGAGACAACUUCCUGGAGGCGCUGAGGGCGGUGCUGGAGGAGCCGUCCUACAGGGAGAACAUGCAGAGGCUCUCUAGGCUGCACAAGGACCAGCCCAUGAAGCCGCUGGACCAGGCCAUGUUCUGGAUCGAGUACGUCAUGAGACACAAGGGAGCUCCUCAUUUGAGGACACAGUCGUUCAGGAUGUCCUGGAUUCAGUACCACUCUGUUGAUGUUAUAGCUACAUUACUGGCAGCACUUCUGAUCAUUUUACUGCUCUGUUUAUCCUCUGGAAUGUUUUUGUGGCGAAAAGUGUUUUGUAGGAGGAAAGCGAAAAGAGAUUGAUAAUGACGACGAAUAGGUAUGAAUUCUGUAAAGGUACUGUGUCAUUUACGUAAACCAACAAAUGAUUUAUUUUAUUGAGGAUAAUUGCUAUGUUCACUAGUAUCUUAAUAACAGAUAUGCAGUGACGUGUUGUAAAAAUUUGUGGUCAGCUUUGGUAUCAUGGAAUAAAGUAAAAAAUAGGA